AUUAUGCUUAUGCUCACACCCACCUCUCACACCCCCCCACCCCCAUAUGCUAUCUAUCUCUCUAUCUUUUCCAUCUGAACACACACACACACACAGAGAUUCUGGAAAGCUCACUUCUAGGGUUUCUUUGUUUUUUCUAUUUUCCUUUUAUCUUUAGUUCUCUUUUCUCUGUCUCUUUAUUUCUUCUCUCAAUUUUUAAUUAAUUAGUAUCAAAAUUCAGAGCUUGUUAACCGAUCUUGUUUUUCUCUUUUUCUUCACGGUUGGAAGGUAUCUCAGCAGAAUUCUGAUCUAUCUAAGAAGCUACUUUUGGUUAGGUUGAUACAUAGUUUUGGCUAGAGGUUUGGAAAUUGGACAACUUUUUAGUUGGUUCAGGGAGAGUUAUCAGUUUGAAAAAUGGGUUAUAUAUGUGAUUUCUGUGGGGAUCAAAGGUCGAUGGUAUAUUGCCGUUCUGAUGCUGCAUGCUUAUGCUUAUCAUGUGACCGUAAUGUCCACUCUGCUAAUGCCUUGUCUAGGCGUCACUCUAGAACACUUUUAUGUGAAAGAUGUAAUUCCCAACCAGCAUUAGUAAGAUGUUCAGAAGAGAGAGUUUCACUUUGUCAGAAUUGCGAUUGGAUGGGCCAUGGAAACUCUACUUCAGCUUCAUCACAUAAGAGGCAAACAAUCAAUUGUUACUCAGGCUGCCCAUCAGCUGCAGAGCUUUCUUCUAUCUGGUCUUUUGUUUUAGAUUUCCCUUCUGUAGGAGAAUCUGCCUGUGAGCAGGAGAUGGGUAUGAUGAGCAUCACUGAAAAUAGCACAGAAAAUGCUUGGGACUCGUCAGAAAAUGCAUCCGGUUCAGCUAGAGUGAAUGAUGUGCCUAGCAUGGAUAACAAGCCUAGUCUUUGGGCCUGCUCAUCUUCAGUACCUGAGCAUAAUUCUGCAGCUCAAGUUUUAGAUCAACCUGUUGGAUCUGCGAGUGUAACUUUGCCAAAGUUAUGCUGUCCUGGAACCAAAGGUCCUGGACUUUGUGAAGAUGAUGAUCUGUAUGAGGAUUUCAAUAUGGAUGAAAUGGACCUGAAUCUUGAAAACUAUGAAGAGCUAUUUGGUAUGGCUCUAAAUAAUUCAGAAGAGCUUCUUGAGAAUGGGGGGAUUGAUAGCUUGUUUGGGACAAAGGAUAUGUCUGGAGCCGAUUCCAAUUGUCAGGGUGCAGUUGCUGCUGAGGGUUCUUCAGUUGGACUAGUGAAUGCAAUGCAGCCAGCAUGCAGCAAUGCAGCAUCUGCUGAUUCUGUGAUGAGUACUAAAACAGAACCAAUUCUUUGUUUCAACACAAAGCAAGCGCAUUCAAACCUUUCAUUUUCUGGCCUCACUGGGGAGAGUAGUGCGGGUGAUUAUCAGGAUUGUGGAGCUUCAUCAAUGCUUCUCAUGGGAGAGCCUCCAUGGUGCCCUCCUCCAUGCCAAGAGAACUUACAAUCAGCUAGUCGUAGUGAUGCAGUUAUGCGCUACAAGGAAAAGAAGAAGACACGCAAGUUUGAGAAAAGGGUGAGAUAUGCUUCUCGUAAAGCAAGGGCAGAUGUCAGAAAGCGAGUGAAGGGCCGCUUUGUAAAAGCUGGUGAUGCUUAUGAUUAUGAUCCGUUGAACCAAACCAGAAGCUGCUGAGUACAAUUUUUAACCAUGCUUUAUAAAAGGAAAGAAACACUUUAAUGUCUGAUCAAAAAGAUUCGGUUAUUAUUACCUAAUCAAUGAUUGGAUUGAUACAUUUUUUCCUUGUGCAAUGACAAGCUGUGUGAUUGUAUCACAGGGGUCUUGAUUUUCCAUAUGGAAAAAGUAUGGAAAAAAGGUGGAUGUAGAAAGCGGCUUCUGAUGCUUCACCAAUAAAGUUCAGGAGCAGAACUCCGAUUCUACAUUUCCAUAAAGGAUCGACGGAUCAUGACAUUAGUCGACCAGACUGCAAGGAUUGGCCCAUGCCUAUAAAGCUAAUGACAUUUUGUUUCCUUCCCAUUUCUCUGGGCAAAGUUCAUCUUCAUCAUCUCAAUUGUACUCUUGAGAAAAGAAGAAUUCCUAUUGGUUCUCCUCUGACCAUAAUUAAGCACAGUUUUUGUUAGCUCAACUAUAAAUCUUCCUGUUAUUCAUUCUCCCGAUCUCAUGUAUAUUACCAGCUGUCACGGCACCUUGGAUGACUAGUUUGCCUGGUCUGCUAAAACAGGUGUAAUAUUAUCCUUUUUGGUUUCACUGAAAAGUCUUGACGUGUAUAGUACAGGAUAUAUAUGUAUGCAGUUGAGCGGGUACAGUGUCUGGCCAAGAACAGCUUCAGGGUCAGACAAUAAACUUGCAGUUGUAAAUAUCUUUCUUUCUUAUGGACAUGUAUAGCAAAGGAUGAUAACAUAUGCAUUCUGAAGAGGAUGGUUUGUACUAA